GUUGUGAUUGUCCGUAGGUGGUAGACGGUCUCUGACUGUCGAACGCGGAGGUACCACCCGGCGGAUCUCGUAGGCGGAGCCAGAAUGUGUGCAUGUUGGAUGCACACGUGUUCCCUCGCCAGAGUCCGUGUGGCGUUCCCCCUUUCCCCUGUAUCCCCCUAUAGCCCCACGGUACCCAAUGGGUGUUUAGGCCUUAGGCCUUCGUGGUAGUUGGAG